AUGGAGAUCUUGAAUCCGAAUCUACUGCCGCUCUCGGCAUUCGAAACCUUGGAACUAGCCAGGGAGAUCAAGGUUAAACAAGAGCUGGCUGAACAAGAGCUGGAGGAACAAAGAGCGCAGGAGUCGAAUUCCAACGUGCAACAGCAGCAACUGCCACCGCAACCAAAUAAUAACUUGGAUCAACUCGUGAAGAACAUCUUGACCCAUUUCGAACAUCCCAAUCUUCACUUACCGCAAGCCAAACAAUCCACACAAUCGAUCCUUUCUUUAUGCGAAUCUCUUCGGAAUCGUUUCGGUCAGGUCUCCGGAAGAACCAACGGUCUGACCAAAGCCGAAAGAUUGCAAAUUUGUGAUUUAGCUCCAACCGAGCUAGUCGAAAUUUAUCUGAUCAUCGAAGAAUGCGACUCGAGAUUUACGGAGGAAGAAAUCCAAGAAAUCAUCGACUUGGUCAAGGAGAAUUUAUCAACCGAUCGACGAACGACCCAGACAAUCGUGCACACCACUAACCGCAAAACGAUAAAUGCAUUAAACGGUACCAACGAGAAUGACCAGGAAACAUUUGAAUACGAAGAAGAUCCCAACUUCAAUCUGGGAGAUAUAGAUGAUGAUGAUGCACUGGUCGCUGAAGCACGCGAGGGCGGCCCACCUGCUGACCAGGAGCUAGAUGAAGUACCUGAUUAA